AUGGACAUAGACUAUGCCAUAAGGAAAGAUGAACCACAUAAAAUCACUGAUACCAGCACACCUGAAGAAAUACUAUUGUACGAACGCUGGGAGAAAUCUAAUCGCCUCAGCGUGAUGUACAUAAAGACAAAAAUUAGUGCUAAUAUACGUGGUUCGAUCGAGCAACAUGAGAAUGUUCGUGAAUUGCUAAAGGCUAUUGACGAGCAAUUCGUCACUUCAGAUAAAGCCUUGGCAAGCACCCUAAUUAUGAAGUUCACAUCCUUGAAGCUCACCGCUAUAAGAGGUGUGCGUGAACAUAUCAUGGAGAUGAGGGACAUUGUGGCUCAAUUGAAGAAACUCGAGGUAGAAAUGUCUGAAUCCUUCUUGGUGCACUUUGUCCUUAACACUCUUCCACCUCAAGGAAGGAAGGUUAAUGAUGGAACAAGGAGAAAGUGCCAUGCUGGUGACACAAAGGAAAGGAAAGAAAGGAAAAUCUCAAGCCAUUCAGAAAGGGAAGCAACAAAUUUCUCCUAA